CAGCAGCAGAAGCAGAAGCAGCAGCAACCGCCGCCACAGCCAGACUCUCUGCAGAGCUGGGGCCCGGGCCGGGGCCAGGGCCCCCAGCCUCCCACAGCCUCCCGAAAUCAUGAGCCAGGGCAGCCCGGGGGACUGGGUUCCCCUUGACCCUACCCCCGGGCCCCCACCACCACCUAAUCCCUUCGUGCACGAGCUGCACCUCUCCCGCCUUCAGAGGGUCAAGUUCUGCCUGCUGGGGGCACUGCUGGCCCCCAUCCGAGUGUUGCUGGCCUUCCUCGUCCUCUUUCUCCUCUGGCCCUUUGCCUGGCUCCAAGUGGCUGGUCUCUCCGAGGAGCAGCUGCAGGAGCCAAUCACAGGAUGGAGGAAGACAGUGUGUCACAGUGGGGUGCUAGGCCUGAGUCGGCUACUCUUUUUCCUUCUGGGCUUCCUCCGAAUCCGUGUUCGAGGUCAACGGGCCUCAUGCCUAGAGGCACCUGUCCUGGUUGCUGCUCCCCAUUCGACUUUCUUUGACCCCAUUGUUCUGUUGCCCUGUGACCUACCCAAGGUUGUAUCCCGAGCUGAGAACCUCUCUGUACCAGUCAUUGGAGCCCCAUUGUUUUUCCUUCUGCAUCCCCCUCCUCCCACCAAGCACUGCUCCGUUUCAAUCAAGCCAUCCUUGUGUCUCGGCAUGACCCUGCUUCUCGAAGAAAGGUGGUGGAGGAGGUCCGAAGGCGGGCAACCUCAAGAGGCAAGUGGCCUCAGGUGCUGUUUUUUCCUGAGGGCACCUGUUCCAACAAGAAGGCUUUGCUUAAGUUCAAACCAGGAGCUUUCAUCGCAGGAGUGCCUGUGCAGCCUGUCCUCAUUCGAUACCCCAACAGCUUGGCUCAAAGUUCUCUGGCUUACAGCCUCCCAGCCUUGUAGCCUUGUGGAUGUGGAGUUUCUCCCAGUGUAUCAGCCUAGCCCUGAAGAGAGCAGCAACCCUUCUCUUUAUGCCAACAAUGUCCAGAGGGUCAUGGCACAGGCCUUAGGAAUUCCUGCCACGGAGUGUGAAUUUGUGGGGAACCUGCCUGUGACUGUGGUUGGCCAGCUAAAGGUGGCACUGGAACCCCAGCUGUGGGAAUUGGGGAAAGUGCUUCGAAAGGCUGGUUUGUCCCCUGGUUGUGUGGAUGCCGGAGCAGAGCCAGGCCGUAGUCGCAUGAUCAGCAAAGAAGAGUUUGCCAAACAGCUGCAGCUCUCUGACCCUCACACUGUGGCUGGCGCCUUUGACUACUUCCAACAGGAUUCCAGUGGUUCAGUGGAUUUCCGAGAUGUGGCUCUUGCACUGGCAGCCCUCGAUGGGGGCAGGAGCCUUGAAGAAUUGACUCGUCUAGCCUUUGAGCUCUUUGCUGAAGAGGAACCAGAGGGACCAGGCCGAUUGUUGUACAAAGAUGGCUUUGGCACAAUCUUGCACCUGCUGCUGGGCUCACCCCGACCUUCUACUGCCACUCUGCAUGCCAAGCUCUGCCAGUCCACAUCUACCCAAGGCCUCUCCCUCUGCCAAUUUCAGAACUUCUCCCUGCACGAUCCACUCUAUGGAAGACUCUUCAGCACUUACCUACGUCCCCCAUAUACCCUUCGGGUUAACCUCCAACCCCCAGAGGCUGCUUCUCAUGGUAUCCCCACCCCAACGUCCAAUGGGACUGUGGACACUUCCAAGCCGAAGAACGACUGAGAAUCUCAGCCCGCUCUACAAUCCUUUAUUCCUAGCUCGAUCCCAGCCCCUCAGACUCAGGGCAGCACCGGGGGACUAGCCCAUGCCUCCAUCUCUGUUCAUGUGACUCCUGGUUUGGUUUUGUUUUGUUUGGUUUUGUUUUUUUUAAGUUGGUUUUGGGUUUUUUGUAAGAAACUAUUUUAUAUA